AAGUACCAAGAAAUUUUCGAAAGUAAAGCAAAAACUGCUGCCUUCCACAUGUAUUAAAUGAAAAAGAAAACCCAUAACAAACGAUUUUUAAUCAUGUCAUUAAAGUCAAAUAGGUGGACAAGUCUGUUGCUGUUGUUAACUAAUACAGAGACUAAAAAACUCUUUUUUAGUGUUAGAAUAUCUGUGAUGUUUCAAGUACGUUUGAUUUAGUGCAUAUUUUAAUAGAGGGGAGUAUUUAUUACACAUUUACAAGGAAUAAUUCAAGAAACGGUAGGCAGUGAGGCAUCAAAGGUCUCAGUAUAUUAGGAGUAGUUGGUGAUUGAUAAAUUAGUUAUAAGCCUGUAGAACUCUUCCCACAACAAAACUCACUUGUCUAUUUAUUUGGUGAAAAAAAUGACUCUUGAAAAGCUAAGUUGGAAAUCAAUCAUUCCAUGUUGCUCCAUGGUAGACGGUAAGGUUGCAAGAUCCAAGAAACAGGCCAGAAAACAAGUUUCAUUUCAGAGGCUGACACUUUUAGACUUUGAUGAUCCAAGUUCACCACUAUCUGCUGAUGAACUCUCUAAUUCAUUUAUUGGAUCACGCCUUAUCAACUUCACAUUUACUGAUCUCAGAGAGGUCACACACCAUUUUUCAUCUGCUAAUUUUCUUGGUGAAGGAGGAUUUGGACGCGUAUAUAAGGGAUUCGUCGACGAGAAACUUAGGCCAGGAUUAAAAUCUCAGGUUGUGGCUGUUAAGAUUCUGGAUACAGAUGGUCUACAAGGCCACAAGGAAUGGCUGACAGAAAUAAUAUUCCUGGGACAACUAAGGCAUCCACAUCUGGUAAAAUUGAUUGGAUACUGCUGGGAGGAUAGUAAUAGACUCUUAGUCUAUGAAUUCUUGCCAAGGGGAAGCUUGGAGAAUCAACUCUUUGGAAAGUUUUCGAUCACACUAUCAUGGUCAACAAGGAUGAAGAUAGCAUUGGGAGCAGCAAAAGGUCUAGCAUUCCUCCACGAAGGAGACAAACCAGUCAUAUACAGGGAUUUUAAGGCUUCAAACAUCUUAAUAGAUUCAGAUUAUAGUGCUAAACUUUCUGAUUUUGGACUAGCAAAGGAUGGGCCAAAAGGCGAUGAUACACAUGUAUCCACACGAAUAAUGGGUACACAUGGCUAUGCAGCCCCUGAAUACAUCAUGACAGGUCAUUUGACGACAAUGAGUGAUGUAUACAGCUUUGGGGCAGUUCUGUUGGAACUGCUGACUGGUAAAAGGUCUUUAGAUAAAUCAAGAAGAGAAGGAAAACAUAAUUUAGUUGAAUGGUUAAGGCCAUAUCUAAGAGAUCCAAAGAGAGUUGCUGAUGUGAUGGAUAGAAGACUUGAAGGUGAAUACCCAAUCAAAGGGGCACAAACAGCAGCAUUAGUAGCAUUCAAAUGCUUAAGUCAUUAUCCUAAGCCUAGGCCUACAAUGGAUGACGUUGUCAAGAUUCUCAAGACUCUUCAGGAAGAAAACAACGGUACUGACUCUUCGAUCAGUGAUCCAAUGACAACAGUGACAUUGAACAGUGAAUUUAGCAGCGGAAGUGAGAAAAAUAAGGAUGUUGCAGCACCAGAAAUGAAUAGAAACGACAAGUUCUUGAAUGAGGAAAAUCAAGGUUAUGGUUGGAGACAUCGAAUCAAUAGACAGAGAAUGGUGGUAUCUUACUCAGAUACAGCUCUCUAUAGAAGAGAUUGAAGUUGCAAACACAGUUUGCAGUGAAGAAUAUAAGUCAUUGCACUUCACAUUAGACAAAAAUGAUAAUAAUUCAGAACAUAGAACUAUUAAGCAUGAAGGUGGAAUCUAUACAGGCUACUAAGUAUUAAUGCAGUAAACAGUAUAGUGAAGGUAUAAGCAGCAUACAAGUUUACUGUUAAGGAGACUGAUUUAAGGUAUAGAAUUGUAAUAUAAUUUUCUCAUUUUUUUCUCUGAAUUCUUCAGUUGUUAGAUAUGGAAUUGAAAAAGAAAACAAGACUAGGCCAAUUCUAUUGUAAGAUUUGAAAUAAAUGUCAUUUCAUACCUACUUAAGUGUGAACUAGGGAUCAUGGGUUAAUGAAAGGAUAUUUGGAUUGGGUUUUUUAAAA